AAGCAAAGGCGACCGACCGCAUUCUGCUCAAACAAACUGGGCUUGCCAACUCAAGCACCUAGGUGAAUCCGAGACCCGAAUGACUUUUGAGGUGACAGCGAGUGAAGUCGUAAGGUUGCGCCCCUUGAUGGCUCACAUUUCGCAAAUUUUCCUUGACGUGCCCCAGCACAGCCCUCCUUCCCUCUGACCAAAUUCGGAAGCCAUGCGAGCCUGCGGGAUAUGAAAUCUUCUCUAAUCCACCUACACUCCUUCGCUAUCAUCCUCACGAAAUCUCAACCUCGCUCCCAUUUCUCUCAACACCCACUUCAACAACCCAACAUGUGCUACGUCAUUUCCAUCUCGGCCAUCGCCGGUCUCCUGGCUUCCACAAUCAGCGCAUUUCCUCAUGACCUAAUGGUGAGCAACAAAUUCGUCCGCGAUGUCGGCGUCCUCUAUCCCAACAGCAACUUCACGGGAACCCCUCUCUACCUGGUGACCCACAAGAAGGCUCUCAAGUGCGAGACCGCCAUCGCCGACUACGCUCUCGGCUCCGCCCAGGUCUGCAUCCCUUCGACAUGCAUAUUCUACAAGAACGCGGACUGCACCCUGUCCGAGGUCGGCAACGACUACUUCUUCAACGGCCCCGUGGACGUCGAUAACCUCCAGGCGGUUCCCGAUAUGGCCUGCGACUCUUACAUGUGCGGUCCAGUCGAGGAGAUGGCCCACAUCAUCAGCAACACUGCUUCGGUCUAUACCAACUCCGAGGGCGGCCACUGGGGUGUCGUUGGUCGCGACUAAAGCGCUAGCUGCCUCUUCAACCUGCACUCAUCUUCACAUGCACACCUUGGCCGGCUCGUACACUGAACGGAUAGCGCUGUGUCAGUAUUGACUACAUCACUGCGUACAAUAGAUGAGACUUCCGUGAUACAGAGGGUGGAAAAAUGUUUUGGUUCAUGAAAACGGUCUCGGUAGCUGUGGACCACUAACUGUAAUGCAACGCACACAUUGAUCCCCUCGCACACCACAGUAGCACUGUAGUCACCACCUGCUAUGAAAACCCAUUCCCCUCGAGCAAACGCAACAUAUGUCC